CGAGAAUCGGAACAUAUGGGUGGAAGCUCGUCCUCUCCUUGGAUGAAAAGCCACUCGUUGGCGGAUUUAGAUCAUCUAAAGCCGACAGCUGAGCAGAGGGCACCCACGACGAGAAACUCUUUCAGCUCAUUCAUUCGAUAUUUAUAUACCGAUCAAUGGGAUGGUGGUGUCGAUGUUCUGGAGUGUUUUCGUGAUUGGUUUGGAUGUCGGCAAAACUUGUUGACCAGCUUAAAAAAGGCUAAAGAUAAUGCCCUUCAAGACGGAGAUUUAACAAUUGCAUUAACCUCAGCAGUUGCAUUGAGCGACGUGUCAAUCAAAUGUAUGUUCUUGAAUAACCGGACUACUUCAAAAGAGUACUGCAUCGUUUUUUUAGCGCACCUACCUGACUACAGUAUUCGAUGUGACUCUACCAUCGUGUCGGCUAGAACCCGUGCCAUUGUAGCUGGUCGAAGUCCUCAUUCGUCUCUUCAUAGAGCGAUUCAACUUAUUCACAUCGCAAAAUUUUUUUCUCUUGAUAAACUUGUGCAAUUGUGCGAGGAUGUUGUCGUUUCUUCUCUGUGUCAGGAAAGUUGCGUAUCAAUCCUUACUUGGGCUGCUGAUGGCGGUUCUGAUUAUGUUGCACACUGUGCCCAAAGUUACUUAGAGGCUGAAUUCUCCCACAUCGCGACUUCCCACUGUUUAUUUGACAUUACUUUGGAAAGCUUAGUGAAAUGUGUGCAAAGCCAAUUCACCCAGGUUUGUCGAGAGCUUUUCAACGCGGAGUUGGAGUGUUUCUGCGUUAUAGCGUAUGGAUACCGUUUCCAGGCAACUGAAGUUGAAAUUCUCGAGGCGGUCGUUCGAUGGGGAGAACACGAAUUACUGCGUCGAAUGGAGGUAACAGAAAGGGAACCUAACGUUGUGGCUGAUACAACACAUUCAAUCAGUCGACGUGGUGUGAAAAGAGGUGAUCUCUGUGAAGCAGAAUUGCGAGCGAUUCUUGCUCCGAUAGCUUCACAUCUUCGAAUCGAUUAUGUGUUGCCGCCUUUUCAUCAGAGUCUUAAUGCUGCGUACUGUCGAGGAAUCCUUGAACGAGCCCCGUUGCGGUCAGACCUUCUUUGUCCGUCGACAUCCGAAAUCAAUCCUGAUAUUCAUUGGUUCCGACCCGAGCAAGAUGCACCGGGACCUCGCUACUACGUUCCAUAUUACAAGAUUACGAAGGAGCACUUGCGCAAUAUGGGCGAGCGCCAUGAGGUUGGCAUCUCUCAUCCGCCUUCAACUGCCAGUUGUACUUUUCAAGUGGUAAUCAGUAAUCUGUGGCCCGAUUUGUUGUGUGAAGAGAACUUUCAUGAGAUUCGCUCCAAGAUCCUUGUUGCUAUUGAAAGCGCAGAUCGGCAAUAUCACGUUCGUUUAUUUCCACGUGUCUUCCAUCGUCGAAUGGCAAUUCACCUGAUUGCACUGCGAGUUUUGAGGACAUUGGAAGUUGAUCCUGAAUGUGUACACGUAUACCUCGUGAGCGAUCCGCAGAAAGAAGUUACUACACCAGAAUGCGAAAAAUGUGGUGAUGCAUUUCUCUUCGGUCGACGAGACCAACACUGGCCGGAUAUUAUGACUGUCAAGAGAACGGAAGUCUUUACACAGCCAUACGAAAAGGGUACGUGGGCUAUUUUGAUGAUAUGA